CUCCCUGAGGGCCUUAUGGUAAGAAAAUAAUUUCAGGGUUUUUUCCAAAAAAACAGGCCACACACCCUUGUCACUGACAGCGGGCCCCAUGGCAUGCUGGCCCGCCUCCUUAGCUUCACGGACGUAUACAAACACCAUUUGAACCGUAUAUGCACGUCCAUGCCAAGUUAUGGAACUACUUCAAUGUAUUUUGCAAGUUCAGGCACUAAAGUGCACAUCCAUGGCAAGUUCAAACACCACUAGUGUAUUUACCUCUUUUUUCAGUGUACAUCCCAAAUAGCAUAGCAGAUCACAACAUGGCGGCGGUAGAAUUCGGCCCUCGCGAAAAGAUGACGCUUGACGUGGAGCUGUUGCAAGUGCUAACCGCCGGUGACAAGGUCCGCAUGGAGGAGAUACUGAGCAGACAAGAGCAUGGUGCCGGGCAAAUAGACGGCCAGGUCGCGGUGAACGUCCAUGGCGCGGCACCGGGCCGCUUUCUCCUAGGCGUGGCGAGCAACGGGAACACGGCUCUGCACCUUGUCGCCAGCCGCGGCCACGCCGAGCUCGCGACGCUCCUCUGCGAGAGGGCACCCUCGCUGGCCGCCACGCGCAACAAGUGCCUCGACACGCCGCUGCACUGCGCGGCGAGGUUCGGGCACGCGGAUGUGGCGGCUGUCCUCCUGCGGGGGAUGCGAGCCGGCGGGGCGGAGGAGGAGUCCGCGCUGCGCGCGAGGAACCAGUCGGGCGCAACCGCCUUGUACGAAGCCGUCCGGCACGGGCGUGCCGGUGUGGUGGAUCUGCUCAUGACGGAGGUUCCCGAUCUGGCCUCCGUUGACGGCGACGAGGGUGUCUCGCCGCUCUACCUGGCGGCGUCGACUGACUCGGUCCAGAUGGUUCGCGCGCUGCUACGCCCGUCGCAAAGCGGAACACCCUCGCCGGCGUCAUUUUCUGGUCCGGAGGGACGGACUGCUUUGCAUGCUGCGGCGGCUAGUAGCAAAGAAAUGGCUGAAGCAAUACUGAGCUGGGGGCCAGAAGGUCCAACGUUGCUAACCAGGGCUGAUUCGUCAGGGAGCACGCCUCUCCAUUUUGCAGUACUGUAUGGACGGCUUGAUGUAGUUGUGCUGUUCCUUGAUGGCCAUGCUUCGCUCGGGCUGGCUAGCAUUUCUGAUGGCAACGGGUCAUUUCCUCUGCAUAUUGCUGCUAUGGUGGAACAAACUAGAAUCAUGGAGGAGCUCGUACACCGAAUCCCUGACUGCUAUGAGAUGGUUGAUGGUAAAGGAAGAAAUAUUCUGCACUGUGCUGUGGAGCAUGGUCGGGAAACCGUGGUUCGCCAUAUUUGCCGGAACGACAAGUUCUCGAUGCUGUGGAAUGCCACGGAUUCUGGAGGGAACACUCCACUCCAUCUGGCUGCCCAUCAUGGAUAUCCGAAGAUUGUCAUUUUACUACUGAAGACGACAAGUGUGGAGACAAGCAUUACCAACAACGAUGGGCUAACUGCUAUGGAUCUUGCUAUCCGUGCAAUAGUACCUGGCCGGAUGUACUAUUUCCAGGAUCCUCAUAUUAUUGUGCGCAGUUGUCUGGGCUGGUUGGGGGCAGCGAUUACUUUAGAUGGAGUCCACCCCCUUUAUCUUCGUAACGUGUACGACAAACCCACUCGAGAAGAAGCCUCACAUGAACAAGACAUGAUGACAGAAAGUGGAAUAAUCGGGUCAGUGCUAAUCGCCACCAUGGCCUUCGGGGCAGCUUUCACAGUGCCGGGGGGGUUCGUCGCCGACGACCAUGGGCAUGCAGGGACAGCAACGCUGGCGAGACGUUUCGCGUUCCGGGCAUUUGUGGUUUCAGACACCAUGGCCUUCCUCUGCUCCCUUACUGCGACCUGCUUUCUUAUAUAUGGCGGUGUUAGAGAAAUUCCCCGGGCCCACCGUUACUUGUACAACUUGCUGGCGUCUGGGUUGGUGCCGGUGGGAGCUCAAUGUAUGAUUGCUGCGUUUGCAUUCGGGUUUCACCUCAUCCUGGGUUCAGUCAACCGUUGGCUCAUUGUCCUCGUAUACACCUUGUCCUUAGCUUCUCUGCUUCCCUGGCAUCUGGGCUCCGUUCCAUUUGGGGCUGGGGAAGGCGAUAUGGCGUCGAGCUGGAUGGAGAGGACUUAUCAACAUACACGUGUUCCAAAGUCUUAGACGGCCAUUGAUCGUUUUGCUCAUCUCCGCUACGUUCGUCGUCGCCAUCGUACUCAGUAUUGCUUUGCCAGACUACUGAGUUGGCUUCUCUUUAAUCUGAAAGGUUCUAAACGCUCUUAUAUCAGUUUACAGAGAAAGUACUUGUUUGAGUAGUGUUCUCAGUCUGUGUGCACGGGCCAAUUUAUGGACUGUUCGUUCCUUUGGAGAGCCGCUAAAACUGGAUAUUAUUACAUGCA